CUCAAGAGUAUCAUAACUGCUCUUUUUCUUCUCUCCCCUUCAUAAGAAACUCAAAAACCAAAACACCCUCACUUUGGUCUUGUUCCAAUUCUCUCUGUCUCUCUCUGUCAUUUGUCUUUGCUCACUCUCGUGGAUUUAGAUUCCUCUCUAUCCCUUAACUAGAGAAGCAAAUACCUAGUUUUUGUUUGGCUUUGGUCUUUGGUUCCCAUUGAAGGAACGGGGAGAACAAUUUGUUUUCUCUGUUCUAUCGAUCAAUGGUGUUUCAUUCGAUCUCAGAAAGAAGAAAGAGCUCAAACAAGAGGGAACCCGAAACCGUCAUGGCUUCUUCUUCGACCUUGAAAUCGCAUCCUCUUCAUAACUUCCAAUUACAUGACCUUAAAUGGGCCAUGAACCACUCCAACAACCACCGCCUUCGCAAACUCUCUGAUUCCUCUCACAAAUCUCCUCAACGCGGGGAUACUGAUUCUGACUCCGAUGACAGCCGGAAGGGGAAUCCGGUGCGCGAAGCUGCUCCCAAGAACGGAGCUUCUUCCGGUUCUUCUGCUGAUCAUAGGAGUGAAAAAUCGGAGAAGAAAGUUAUCAACGGUUCUGACGUUUUGGUUGAUAAUAACUCCGAGAAGAAAGCUACUCCAUCGGAUGGUAGAUCAAAGAUCUAUAUACGUUUCCGAACGAAGAAUCCGAAGCCUGCUGAUGAGGUAGCGGAUGCAGGAGAUCAGAACUUGGAUGCUGAAUAUGUUGAAGAAUUGGUUCCCAAGACGUGGAAUCUGAGGCCAAGGAAGCCGAUUACUAAGCCUCGUAAUCAGAAUGGAGCCGCCCCGAGGAUCGGAGCUUCGGCGCACGAGAACAAAACUCAUAGGCCGGAAUCGACCCGGUCAAGGAAUGUGACCGAGCCGAAAGCGGCUGAGAAGAAGGAGAAGAAAAAGAAGUUCUCUAUUUCGCUUUCUAGAGAAGAAAUUGAUGAUGAUAUCUUUGCUAUGACCGGGUCAAAGCCCUCUAGAAGGCCAAAGAAGCGAGCCAAGAAUGUUCAGAAACAACUCGAUUGCGUGUUUCCAGGGUUGUGGUUAUCUUCGAUAACGCCUGAUUGCUACAGAGUCUCGGAGGCUCCUGCGAAGGGUUAGAUUGGUGUGCUGCUAAAACUGUGAAUUUGGAAGGUGGGGAUAAGGAUGACUGCUAAACUUUUUUUUGCAGCUGUAGAUGAGCUUGUAGAUGAAAGGGUAACAAAUGUAUCUUGUUCUUGUGCCUUUUUGUCUAAUCCUUGACGAGGUUAAAGGAUGGUGGGAGACAGUUAUAUUAUAAAUCUUGUUAUGAGUAGUCACAGAUGUAAAUAUGACUUAUCAGUUUCAUAAACAGGGUUUUAACCGUUUCAGUUUAUGUAAAAGGAAGUCGUUUUUUCAGGUGAUCGUUUGGAUCCUUAGGUUAUCAGUACUUGUUAGUUGUUCAUGGAACUGGUUUAAAAUUUUAGAGCAUAAUAACAGUUUGUUGAUCCAAAAAGUUUGGGAUA